UUCAAAAAGAGAUAUUAAACCAACAACUAGAGUAAAAAAACUAGUUGACAAAUGGGAUGACUAUUGUAAAAAUAACCUUUUAUAUCACAUUUGGCAGCCAUUUCGUCCUCUUGUUGCUCGUUGGAUUAUUUGGUGUUUAAAUAUUUAUCGCUUAAGAGAAGAAUUAGCCUCUCACACUACUGUGGGGAUUGUGGGCCUUAGUAACUCUGGGAAAUCAUGCCUUGUCAAAACACUUUUCAGACAAAAAGUGGCAGUUGGUUCAACUAGCAUGCAACGUACUACUGUCUCAUUUCUGUAUAACUUAGAGGGCAUGGUUGAUGGAUUGAGUGUCAUUGAUUUUCCCGGAAUAGAUGAUGGAGACAAAGGCACACUUCUUUCAAGACAAUUAUUAUGUAUCUCUCAAUUAAUUGUUUUUGUUAUUGAUUACAAGAGGUGGGAAACAGAUGCUUCUUUCAAAUGGAUACAGUUUUUCAAAAAUUUAGGAGUUCCCAUUUUGAUUUGCUUGAGUCAUGCCGAUAAGUUAUAUGCUAGUACAUGCAUUGGUGAAGAUGGUACUGAAAUUUGUUCCAAAGACCAUGCCAAACGGAUAAUUCAGCAAGAACUAGAAAAAGUGAAAGAGAAGCUUAUGCCAUUACCAAACUGGCAAAUGGGCUAUUAUUCUUUUUGUCAAGACAAAGAUUCAUCUCUUAAUUGUGAUCAAGGUCGUCAAGCUUUGUCCGAUGUUGGAAUCUUGUCAUGCAAUGAUGUUGGAGCAUGGAUAGAAAAGGAAUUACGUGAGUAUUUGAAGGAAGAAGGCAUUGCAGAGCGCUUAAAAUUUUUCUUGGCAUCUGAAAGUAGAAAAAGAGAAUCUAGUUCUAUGUCAGUUGAAAAUCUUCAGGAAGAUAUAAUUCAAGCCCAAGUUAAUGAUGAAGAUAAAAUAGAAGGGUGGCAUCAGAUUCCUUUUAAAGCUUGUGAGGCAAUUUUGUUGCUUCGGGAUGCUUCAUUUGGGUUUAGAACGUCAUUUCACAAUCUGUUAGCAGAGCUUCACAUACCAACUGAUCUCAAACAAAGCUUAAAGGACCAAGCAAGAUAUGAUGGACAUGAUUAUGAAUUUGCCACAGAAAAGGCUAUUGACUGGUGGAUGGCGAACAUAGGAAAAUCAUGGGAGCCUUUUUUUAAUAUUAUAAAAAAAUGUGAACCAGAAACUGCUCGAAAAAUUGAAAUGAAACUGAAAGACUAAAGUAGAGCUUGAGUUAUUGAUUUUAUUAUCUUUUAUACAUAAUACUUGCACUGUAUAUAUAUCAAAAU